AUGGAAAUAGUAGGGUGCCGAGCAGAAGACAAGUCGUGUCCUUUCCGCCCCCCAGCCAUGCUCUUCCACGGGAUCUCCGGAGGCCACAUCCAAGGCAUCAUGGAAGAGAUGGAGCGCAGAUCCAAGACCGAGGCCCGCCUGGCCAAAGGAACCCAGCUCAACGGCCGAGAUGCGGGCAUGCCUCCUCUGAGCCCUGAGAAACCCGCUCUGUGCGCUGGCUGCGGAGGCAAGAUCUCAGACAGGUACUACCUGCUGGCGGUGGACAAGCAGUGGCACCUGAGGUGUCUGAAGUGCUGUGAAUGUAAGCUGGCCCUCGAGUCCGAGCUCACCUGCUUCGCCAAGGACGGCAGUAUUUACUGCAAGGAGGAUUACUACAGAAGGUUCUCUGUGCAGAGAUGUGCCCGCUGCCACCUUGGCAUCUCCGCCUCUGAGAUGGUCAUGCGCGCCCGUGACUCAGUCUACCACCUGAGCUGCUUCACCUGCUCCACCUGCAACAAGACUCUGACCACGGGCGACCAUUUUGGCAUGAAGGACAGCCUGGUGUACUGCCGCGCCCACUUCGAGACCCUCUUACAAGGGGAGUAUCCCCCGCAGCUAAGCUACACUGAGCUGGCGGCCAAGAGCGGAGGCUUGGCCUUGCCUUACUUCAAUGGCACCGGCACCGUGCAGAAAGGGCGGCCCCGGAAACGGAAGAGCCCUGCGCUGGGGGUGGACAUCGUUAAUUACAACUCAGGUUGUAAUGAGAACGAGGCCGACCAUUUGGACCGGGACCAGCAGCCUUACCCACCCUCUCAGAAGACUAAGCGCAUGCGCACUUCCUUCAAGCACCACCAGCUCCGGACCAUGAAAUCCUACUUUGCCAUCAACCACAACCCGGAUGCCAAGGACCUCAAGCAGCUUGCCCAGAAAACAGGCCUGACCAAAAGAGUUUUGCAGGUUUGGUUCCAAAACGCACGAGCCAAAUUCAGAAGGAACCUUUUGCGGCAGGAGAAUGGGGGUGUUGAUAAAGCUGAUGGCACGUCGCUCCCGGCCCCGCCCUCAGCAGACAGCGGCGCUCUCACUCCACCCGGCACUGCGACCACUUUAACAGACCUGACCAAUCCCACUAUCACUGUAGUGACAGCCGUGACCUCUAACAUGGACAGCCACGAAUCCGGAAGCCCCUCACAAACCACCUUAACGAACCUUUUCUAA